UCCUCUUUGUAACGUAUAGGUGGAAAAAAAAAAAAAAAAAAAAAAAAAAACCGCCCCUCCCCAGCCCCCCCCAAAAAAUAGAUAAAUAAAAAAAGAAAAGAAUGUUUCUUUCGAAAUUAUCAAGUACGCAUAAAGUCGAAUAAAAAAGUUUCGUGACGUGGGUCGGGGGCAGGAAGGUAUUCCGGAGAGAGUAUUCAGCCGUUUCUAUUUCUGAGUUUUUGGAAUGCGUUCAUCCUCCUUUGAGUGUCCCAAGUGCGCUUUUAAAUGUGGUUAAUAUUGAUAAAGCUCACUGUGUGGCAGUUGCGAUGCCAACUUAUCACAAUGCGGGUGGUGGAUACCCGAAUGUGUCAGCGCCAGCGCGGCAAGCGAAGCUUGAUGGCAAUCAAAAUCAUCACACAAUCCCUUCAAACGUAACGACCCACCCUCUCAUUCAGAACACCACCUCGCACAACGCUCCUCCAAAUCUGUCAGCGAGCAACAUUCCGUCCCAUCCAGUAUCACCGACGAUGACCACUCAUUCGAGCGUAACAUCCCCAAACCUGACGAGCCAUAUGAACACGGCAUCCUCACCGGUCCUCCUUACUUCGAACGUCACGAAUCCCGGAAAUACCACUGCUCUAUCGGCCAAUCCAAGACAUGAAGUCAAACUGAAUGCUAUGCCAUGGUUCCAUGGGAAGAUAUCUAGGGAAACUGCAGAAAGGUUGUUACGACCCAGAGAAGAUGGUCUGUUUCUAGUUCGAGAGUCGACGAAUUUCCCCGGAGACUAUACUCUCUGCGUGUGUUAUCAAGGACGUGUGCAACAUUAUAGAGUGAAAUACAAGAAUAAUCAGCUGACCAUCGACGACGAAGAAUUUUUCGAGAAUUUAGCGCUCUUAGUUGAACAUUAUGAGCAAGACGCUGAUGGUCUUUGCACUCAGUUGACGAAAUCCUUACCGAAACAAGGGAAACAAGACUUUUGCGUCGAUCCCAAAGCCUUCAUCGAAGCUGGCUGGGUUAUUCAGACUCACGAGUUAGAAUUAAGAGAGUGUAUCGGUAAAGGUGAAUUCGGUGACGUUUUACUCGGUGUUUAUAGGGGAGAAAGAGUGGCCGUGAAAAUGUUGAAAGACAAUAGCGAAGCGGCGCAAAGGUUUCUAGCCGAGGCAAGUUUAAUGACCUCGUUGAUUCACGACAAUCUCGUUAAAUUACUUGGUCUUGUAUUCAAUAAUCAACACAUGUACCUGGUUACGGAAUAUAUGAGCAAGGGAUCCUUAGUGGAUUACUUAAGAUCUAGAGGACGAUUACACGUUUCUAAAAAAGAUCAAAUCAAUUUUGCCUACGACACGUGUGCCGGUAUGGCAUACUUGGAGUCGAGACACGUCGUCCAUCGCGAUUUAGCCGCAAGAAACGUUCUUGUUGCGGAAGACAAUUCCGCGAAAGUUUCGGACUUUGGGUUGGCACGAGACGAAAACUUCUCUCUCGAUGGUGGAAAGUUGCCCAUCAAAUGGACCGCCCCAGAGGCUUUAAAGCAGAACAAGUUUUCUAACAAAUCUGACAUGUGGAGUUUCGGAAUACUCCUUUGGGAAAUCUAUUCUUUUGGACGCGUGCCCUAUCCACGUAUCCCUUUAGCCGACGUUGUCAAAUGUGUGGAAAAAGGUUACAAAAUGGAACCACCAGAUGGAUGUCCACCCGAAGUAUAUGACAUUAUGAGACAGGCCUGGGAUCUUCAACCAGAGAAGAGACCUACGUUCCAUGAUAUAAAAGUAACGCUUGGUCAACUAAAAGCAGAGUACACCAAAGGCGUGAAUUAAAAAAAAGGCUUAUCUUAGGUCGACCUAGAAACGAUGUAGAAUUAACACAUAACAGAACUGAUUUGUCAAAUACGAUGCUUUUUUUCGUUUUAAGGACAAAUAUAGUGGCUCUAAAAACUUUGAUUAGGAGGGACGAAAUGAAAAAAAAGGGGAAAAAAAAGAAAGAAAGAAAAAAGAAAAGAAAAGAAGAACAAGACAAAUGCAAUUUUUAUUGUACAUUUUAUAUGCAAUACUAUUUGCGUCAUCGUUUAUAUUUAUUGCUAAUUUAGUUGUCGAGAAUAUUGGGGAGGUUUUAAUUUUUAUAUGACAAUAUUUUGCACAAGCAUUACCUACGUCGUGCCUUUGUUCAAGUUGAUAUUCUAAAUGAAGAAACUCGACUUGUACAUUCUCGAAAUCCGUGUUGACUCGAGCCGAUGUCGGGUUUUUAAGAUACUUAAUCCGAAAUAAUUGCCUAUCACACUUAAUGAUCCUCAAUGGACGUACCUUUUUACAGUCUGUUAUGAUGAAAUGUGUGAACGAAACGUCGCCUGAUACGACGCCGUUACCGUUUUGAAAUACUUUAGAGAUUUUUCCAUUGCAGAAAAUGUAAAUUCGACGUAUUAUGAAGUUUGGCGUUGAAGUGAACUGAUUUUAAGAUAACUCAUAUACUGGCUAACGUAUCAGUUAGUAUAACUUGUCCUUUUGGAGAUGAAGUUACGUAACCAUACACUUUUUCACUCCCGUAGUACAGUUUAAAACAAAGAAUUCCUGUUGUUAAAGUUUCAAACGAUCUAUUUCAGCGAUCGUAGGAUUGCGAGUAUUCACUAGCAGCAUAGAUUUUUUAAUCAAAGAUUUGUCGUAGAAAGUAUUAAUUUUUAAUUAAAUUAUUGCGACUAUAACGUAUAAA